AUGCAUUUCUUACCCAUCUUCUCUUUGAUAUCAACUAUUUCAAUGUCCCUGGCCGCUCCAGUCACCCGGGGUGAUGCCAGCCUGCCCUUGCCCGAUGGCAUGCCAAAUCCUAGUCCGGAGCAGUUGAGGCAAAUCCAACUACAGGCCCAUGGAACUCUCCCAGGACUCCCCCUCCCUGCAACUAUUAGCCAAGCAGGAAUAACAAACUUACAGCUCAUCGCCUUCAAUGAAUUGUUCGAAGUUUCCUUUUUCAACGAGCUUCUGCAAAACGUUACCAACGAGGUGGACGGGUAUCAGCUACCUACGGAGGACGAUCGUGAGUUUGUUAUUCGAAGCCUGACAGCCAUUCUUGCGCAAGAGGAAGUACACGCCUUAACGGCCAACACUGGCCUGACCCACUUUGGCAGAAACCCUAUCCAGCCCUGUCGCUAUACCUUCCCAGUGACUAGUCUGGAUGCAGGGAUCAAUUUGGCUGCUCUAUUCACGAAUGUUGUGCUCGGGGCAUUGCAAGAUAUCACCGAGCGGUUUGCAGCCAACGGUGAUGCGGGUCUCACCAGAGUCAUCGCAGCUACGAUCGGCAACGAAGGCGAGCAGGAGGGCUGGUUCAGAGUGUUCCAGGAUAAGAUCCCGAGUCAAGUUCCGACAUUGACUACGAACGAUGUAAACUUUGCAUUUACCGCCAUUCAGAAUUUUGUUAUCCCCGGGACGUGUCCAAACAUCCAUGAGAUCGACCUGCGCACCUUCUCCCCACUGGAAAUCAUCACACCUCCUGAAGCAAGGACCCAGGAAAUCAAGCUUUCUUGGAUGCACGAGAAGGAUGACGGACAAGAGAUACCUAUGUGGCUGGCUUAUAUCAAUCAACUGAACGUACCUGUCGUGGUUCCAUUGCACGUUCUCUCCAUCGAUGGGCAACAAGUCACUGCGGUGGCUGAAUUUCCCUAUGAUAAGUACCUGAUGAACGGAUUGACAAUUGCAGCAGUUGUCAAUAGUGGCGGGCCAUUUGCUGAUGCUGCUGCUGUGGCCAAAGCUACGUUGUUUGGACCGGGACUGAUCAACGUAAAUUAAGAGCGUUUCAGCAACAACUUAGUAUUAUUAGGAAUCUUGAUGUAUGCAAAUCACCCGUGGGGGUUCACUCCUGCCUCUCAUAGAUAGGCGAAAAACCAAGGACGCGUGGUGAAAAACUCUG